AUGGCUUUGCCCGCUAGCGCUUACAGUGUCUCUCAAGACACCCGGAUGCCCAAGUGCUCACCACGUCCCACAUCCGUUCGGGCAUCUCCCGCGUUCAGCUACGAUUUACCUACACCCAACAAUUCCGUCAUACACCGUUACGGGCAGCGCACACCAACAGCGGGCGAACUCCUCGUACUACGCGAAGAACUAGAGGAGCAAUUUAGGGACAUGCCUGACAUGGAGCUAUUGGUUUACCUAUUCGAUUCCGUGUUAUCGUGCCACUCAGAGUGGGGUUGGCGCGGUCGUUUCAUUCGCCAGUUCUUUUAUGACCUAUUCUACGAAAUGCGUCGCCUAGGCUACUCCGAAGACUCGGGUGACCGUGAUCUGGAGAGCGGGGGACGCAAAACAGAGGUCAGCGGUGAUGAAGUCGAGCGAGUUUCGAGCAGUAAAAGCUUACCUGGAGAGCGGGGGACGCAAAAGUGCGAGAACCAGAUUCUCCAGGCGGUCUUUUAUGCUGAGGUGCGUCGAGAUGCACUUCUUGUUGCAGAGACAAGACGUGUCGGAAAAAAGGCUGCAAAGCAUGCGAGCGCGGUUCUCCUGUUCAGACAAAGCUCAAACAUUCAUGUCGGGUGGUACAUGUUGGGUCGACAACUGGGGGGAGCCCACCCUUGA